AUGCGUUUGAAACGUUUUGGAGCAUAUGAAUGUGCGAAUAUCUUUGGAGUUCUUUAUACCUUAUUACUAAUUUUUGGCAUCUACUUUUUGAUAUUGUUUUACGCAUGUCCAGCAACGUAUCAUGCAGAUCAGUGUGCGCAUGCUAAUCGUUAUGGCAUCAUUAUAAUUGUCGAAUUAUUAAUCAACUUUUUUUUAUUCAUCUCGUAUAGCAGACGUAAUGAUCCGCAACGCUGGAUUCAGAAUUCAACUAUUCUAACAACCUUGAAAGGUGCAAGUAAAUUUUGUUUGGAAUGUAAUCGAAUGGCACCUUUGCGAAGUCAUCAUUGUAGGCUGUGCAAUAUGUGUGUUUUAAGAAAAGAUCAUCACUGUUUUGUUACCGGUGCUUGUGUUGGAAUCGCUAAUCAGCGUUUUUUCAUCGUCUUUGUUCUUUGGGCAAGUGUUGGUAGUGCUGUUGGAUCAUUUUUCAUUCUUGUUUAUUUAUUAAAAUAUAUCGAGUUUGCAAUCUACCCAUUUGGUUGGUUGAAAUUAUUGGCACCUAUUGCUAUCGUUCGAUGGCUUAUUUCAUACGAGCUAUUUUUGAAUGCAGCGUUUUGCGUGCUUCUCAGCAUUUGUACUGCCACCUGCAUCGUUGCAUUAAUUUUUUUUGGGUCACAGAUGUUCUAUACGCUGAAUGGAUAUACGAUGUAUGAUUAUCACACACUAAGCCGCAAAAUUGAAUUGCGAGGGGACGGUGCGACUUAUUCUGAAAGACUUCAUAUGGUAUUCGGACAUUACUGGCUUAUAAACUUCAUCAUACCACUGCUUUGUUGUCCAAAUCAAUUAACAGCUGAUGUUGCUCAGAAUUUAUUCCCUCCUUAUUCCAAAGACUUAUAA